UCUUUGUUUCCCUUAUUGCAGGCGAUUGCAGCACCACAAUGUGCUCUCUCAGUGCAGCCAAUGCCAAGUUCUGUCUUGACUUUUUCAGAGAGCUGAGCAAAAGAAAAAGAAAUGAAAAUAUCUUCUUCUCCCCGCUAAGUCUCUCAGCUGCCUUUGGGAUGGUUGUCCUCGGAGCCAGGGGCAACACACUCAAAGAAAUUGAGAAGGUAUUUCAUUUCAGCGAAGUUUUGAGCAGUACAAGCCAGGGAAACAGAUACCCUCCUGAGAAGUGUGAAGAAGUUGGAGGAGUCCAUUCCCAGUUCCAGGCUCUGUUGGCUGCAGUCAGUGAACCCAGACCAGGCUGCUCUCUCACCAUUGCCAACAGGCUCUUUGGAGAAAUUACUUACCCGUUCUUCCAGCAAUACUUGGAUUCCACAAAGAAAUUCUAUCGAGCAGAACUGGAACCAGUCAAUUUUAAAUACACUGAAGAAGAAGCCAGAGAGAAGAUUAACUUCUGGGUGGAAAAUGAGACAAAAGGUAAAAUCAAAGACCUAUUUUCUGCUGGAUUUAUUGAUCCCUCUACUGUACUUGUCCUGGUCAAUGCUAUAUAUUUUAAAGGAAAGUGGGCAGUAGAAUUUAAGAAAGAAGAUACUAAGGAAACAUAUUUCCAACUGAACAAGAAUGAGAGAAGGACAGUGCAGAUGAUGUUUCAAGAAGGUUAUUUUAACAUGGCUAUCAUAGAGGAACUGAAAAUGAAAGUGAUAGAGCUCCCAUACUUUGAUAAUGAACUGAGCAUGUUCAUUCUUCUUCCUGAAGUUGUUUGUGAAGACUUUACUGGCCUAGAACAGCUUGAACGCACCCUCACAUAUGAAAAAGUAGCAGGAUGGACCAGCUCAGAUAGGAUGCAACAGCUGAGAGUGAAGGUGUACCUGCCUCAGUUCAAGAUGGAGGAAAGUUAUGUUCUCAACAAAACUCUCCAGGAGAUGGGAAUGAUGAAUGUUUUUGACUGGGGAAAAGCUGAUUUGUCAGGAAUCUCAAGAAAAGAUGGUUUGGUUGUGUCCAAGGCCAUCCAGAAGUCAUUCCUGGAAGUCAAUGAAGAGGGCACUGAAGCAGUUGGUGCCAUGGGGCUUGUUGCAGUGCCUCUGUGUCGCCCGAUUUCUUAUGAGUUCAAAGCUGACCAUCCAUUCCUCUUCCUUAUCAGACACAACCCAACCAACACCAUUCUCUUCUUUGGAAGAACCAUGAAUGUUCCUGCAGACAGAUUCUGUAGUUUAUUCACCUGCCAUAGUAAAAAGAAUUUGCAGGCUUCACAUCAUUCAUUGGUUCAGCAUCAUAAAGCCAGUGGUGAACUAGCAGUUUCUGGGCUAUUGACAGUACUUUUUGAAACAAGUGCUACAUAUCACUACUAUACAAUUGCAUUUCUGUUUGCUGCAGACAACACUGAUUUCACAAUGGGCUCCAUCAGUGCAGCAAAUGCAGAAUUUUCUUUUGAUGUAUUCAAAGAGCUGAAAGUCCACCAUGCCAACGACAACAUCUUCUAUUCCCCCCUGAGCAUCAUUGCAGCCUUGGCCAUGGUUUACCUGGGAGCAAGAGGUAACACUGAGUAUCAGAUGGAGAAGGUUCUUCACUUUGACAAAAUUGCAGGACUUGGAGGAACUAUUCAGACCAAGUGUGGCAAGUCUGUGAAUAUCCACAUACUGUUUAAAGAACUUCUCUCUGAUAUCACUGCACCAAAAGCCAAUUAUUCACUCCAUAUUGCCAACAGACUCUAUGCUGAAAAGACAUGUCAAAUCCUACCGAUCUACUUAAAAUGUGUGAAGAAACUGUACAGAGUAGGUCUGGAAAUGGUCAACUUCAAAACAGCAUCAGAACAAGCCAGACAGCUCAUUAAUUCCUGGGUGGAAAAUCAGACAAAUGGACAGAUCCAAGAUAUCCUUGAACCAGGUUCUGUUGAUCUCGAUACUGUGCUGGUCCUUGUGAAUGCCAUUUACUUCAAAGGGAUAUGGAAGGCAGCAUUUAAAGAAGAAGAUACUCGGGAAUUUCCCUUUACCAUGACAAAGCAAGAAAGCAGACCCGUGCAAAUGAUGUGUCAGAACAGUACCUUCAAAAUGGCAGCGGUGCCUGCAGAGAACAUGAAGAUCCUGGAGCUGCCAUAUGCCAGUGGAGAGCUGAGCAUGUUGGUGCUGUUGCCUGAUGACAUCUCUGGCCUGGAGCAGCUCGAGAACAAAAUCAGCUUUGAAAAACUUACGGAGUGGACCAGUCCUAAUGUGAUGCAAAAGAAGAGAGUGAAAGUGUACCUCCCGCGCAUGAAGAUUGAGGAAAAAUAUAACCUCACAUCUGUCUUAAUGGCCUUGGGUAUGACCGACCUGUUCAGCCCUUCAGCCAACCUGUCUGGCAUCUCUUCAGCAGAGAGCCUGAAGAUAUCGGAGGCCAUCCAUGAGGCAUACAUUGAAGUCAAUGAAGAGGGCACUGAGAUGGCUGGCUCAGCGGGUGUGAUGGCAGACAUCAAACAUUCCUCUGAGUUUGAAGAGUUUAGGGCUGACCAUCCUUUCCUUUUCUUGAUCAAACACAAUCCAACCAACAGCAUCCUCUUCUUUGGUAGAUACUGUUCCCCCUAAAGAAAGAAAGAGCUGGAAAUAACGCUUGCCUUCCCCUCAGCAACAGACCCCCUUUACAAUAACGCUGUAGCGUAAUCUCGUCUCUUCAGUAUUUUCUCCAGGUGGAAAGCCUAAUCUAAGAAAUGCCCAUUUGGGAAGCUUCCAUAACAAAGACAUACUUGCAGGUGAGGAAACAGCAGCAAGCAUGUUUACUUCUUUCCCUUCUCAUACUGGUUUCAGGAUUGCUUGAGCUGAGCAAAGACUGAGCCAACAGAGAAUAGAGUCACCCACCAGCCAGGAAGGGGCCAAGUGAUUUUCAGUCAAGGAACAGGUUGCAGGCAUGAGUCCAAGUCUUUGGGAGUCCAUCACAUAGAUAGUCAUGGGCUGCGGUCAUCCCAUUCCCCACUAGCAUCCUGCUGACGAAUACAUGUUGUUGUUCCUGACACACAGGCAUUGAGAUCUCCAGACUGAAGGAGAUGCUUGUGGAUAAGAUUCUGCUAUGCUAUUGGUUGGUGCCUAUGUAAGUUUUGAUUUUUUUACUUAGCUGUUGGGAAAUGGUGUACAUGUCCACUAACAACAGAGUUGUUCUCUCACCAUGAGUUCCUCACCUAAUUCUGAAAUUCUUGCAGAGGUUCUCCAAAGUCAUGGAGAAUCUCCAUUCCACUUCAGAGAGUGCAAAGAGAUCGAGCUUUGUGUAGGUGCAGUUAUGCCUUCUCACAGAGUGUAGAUUCAAAGCCUGAAACAUGGAUACCUGGAUGAUCCAGAACUCAGUGAGAAC